UUUUUUGUAAUAAGCGUAUUUUAUUUGUAAUCUAGGUAUCUGGUAACGAUGGCUGCUUCUAGGAAAAAAGUUCUUUUAAAAGUUAUCAUUCUUGGAGAUAGUGGGGUUGGAAAAACUUCUCUUAUGAACCAAUAUGUAAAUAAGAAGUUCAGCAAUCAAUACAAGGCUACUAUUGGAGCUGACUUUUUGACAAAGGAAGUUAUGGUGGAUGAAAGACUUGUUACUAUGCAAAUAUGGGAUACUGCAGGACAAGAGAGAUUUCAGUCAUUAGGUGUUGCAUUUUACAGAGGAGCAGAUUGCUGUGUUCUUGUUUAUGACGUAACAUCACCAAAUACAUUUAAGUCCUUGGAUUCAUGGCGAGAUGAAUUUUUGAUCCAGGCAUCACCUCGUGAUCCUGAAAACUUUCCUUUCGUUGUAAUUGGCAAUAAGAUAGAUCUUGAAAACAGAGCAAUUUCUACUAAGCGUGGUCAAGGCUGGUGCCAAAGCAAGAAUAACAUUCCAUAUUUUGAAACAAGUGCAAAGGAGGCAAUUAAUGUUGAACAGGCCUUUCAAUCGGUAGCUAAGAAUGCCCUAGCACAGGAGACUGAAGUUGAGCUGUAUAAUGAUUUUCCAGACCAGAUCAAACUUACAAGUGAACAGAAACCUAGAUCAGAUAGUUGUGCAUGCUAAUGUUAAAAUGUUCACUCAAUUUGAUUAUGUAUGAAGGGAAACAAAAGUUUUGACUGUUUAAAUUUCCUAUUAUAGUUAGAGGCCGUGAUUUUAACUCAUUUUUUGGCAAGCAGGUUUUGGAUAGUUCCAUAUGCUAUCCUAUAUAUGUAAUCUGUAUUGUUCUGAUUAAGGUGUUACUAUUUCAGUUUUAUUUAUAUUUGUACUAAGAUGUCAUUGAGAUGGGGUUAUUUUUGACUUACAGAAUUCACUGAAAGUAAUGUGCAUGUAAAUUUAAUUUGUAAAAUCUGUAUAGAAGCAUCUUGUAGCAUGUGUGUAUAGUAUAUAUACACAUACACACAAUCUCGUUAUGUAUAAAAGAUUAGAUAGACAUGUUCUGCUAAUUUUACAGGCUAUUUCAUUUACAAAAAUAAUGUAAACAUUUUACAUUGUCUAUGAAUACUGAGUGCAGUUGGUAAUUUUCAUAUACUCAUAUACUUGCUUUUUGUGCAGGGCUUUUAAAAGCUUUAUUCCAUAGUUAAUAUUUAAACAACUUCUGUUGUACUUACGCUUCUUUGUGUGAUCAAAUAUGUAAAAUCUGAAAUAUUUUCCAAUAUUUAAAUGUAUAUUUUAUAAAAUAAAGUUUUGCAGAUAUGUAGUA